AUGACGAUCAACGACUACUGGGAGACCAGAAACGCUCCGUACCAGAGGGAGAUGCAAGUGGUCGAAGGAUCUGGGCAGCCUACUAUCCAAUUUCCAGUAGUUAUUGCGCCCAAAAAGCAGACUGACAAGCAGACAGUGCUGGAAGAGAUCAGCCGCCUUGCUGCUCAAGAAAAGAGCAACGAGCCCAGCUUCAUCCGCAAGCUGCUUGAUGCGAACGGGGGCGCUAUCAAUUUCAAAGGACUUCCUCUGAAGAGCGUCGAAGACUUCUCGGACUUCCUGUCUGCACUGGCUGGCAAGGGAAAGCAAGCAUGGGUUCCUCAUGUCCAUGUCGGCAUGGAAGUCUUACGCAGGCCAUUGGCAAAGAACGUCAUGACCACGAAUGAAGGUCCCCCAUCACACUUCAUAGGCUGGCAUAACGAAUACGCCGUAUCGCCAGUACAUCCAGGAUACUUGGUCUUGUACUGUCAAGUUCCACCCGGAGCAGGCGGGGAGACCAACAUUGUGUCCUCGUUGGCGCUUUAUGACCGUCUGAAGAAGACAGUGCCAGAGUUUGUGGACAAAUGCGGCAAGAAGGGCCUGGUCUAUCAGAUCCCCCAUACAUCCGCACAAGUGGGCGGUAUCGUUGGAGGUAAUGGGUUGUACAAGGAAAAUGCUUUUGGCCCGUUGAACGGCGACAUCAGCAAGAUGACAGAUGCAGAUAAGCGGCGUGGUGUGGAGAGUCGCAUCAUUGACCUGGCCAAGCGUGGAGGCUGGUCCCCCGAGGCAGCCAAGAAUGAGUCUCUGCCCGACUGGCAGCGUCGUGGAUUUGACUGGUCUUGGGCCGAGAAUGGCGAUCUGGAAGUGGUUCAUCGCGUGCCAGGAGUUCGUCUUCAUCCAACCCUGAAGAUUGGUAGUAUUUUCAACGCCAUGUCCACGCGGUAUACCAAUGCAAAAGUAAACAAUACUUGGGAACCGCCAUUCAAAUUUAAGACCGGAACCGAGGAAGAAGGAAUCGCUGUUCCGCCUCAUUUUGCCGGAGUCGAAAAGGAUGAGGUGAUUCCCAAGGAAUGGCUGGAAGAAAUGGACAAGUACCAGCACGCUCUUGGCUCCGAUGUGACGUGGGAAGUAGGUGACGUUCUCGUAAUCGAUAACUUCGCCGUUCAACAUGCUCGUUGGGCUUGGGAAGGCGAUCGCAAGAUUCGCGCGAGUUUCUGGGAUGAGCCUGGCAUCAUUGGAGAGCCUCUGACAUCCGCGGCUUAG